CCCGCACUCCCCAAACGCUUUGGAAGCAGUGUUGUGUUGCCUCUCACCGUCAGUCUAAACUCUAUCAGACAAGGGUCCCAAACCUGGUUCACAAGAAUGGGCAUUUUAGGAACCACAGUCUUGACUUUUGGAAUAGUUUGAAGAAACUGUAGGAGUAUCAGCCAGUUGUAGCACCCCUUUGAAUAUUUUUUUUUUCUCUCAGUUUCACCCUCGUUUCACCUCAAUCCCUGUCUCUCUCCUUCACCCCUCUCCUGCAUACCCUACUCCCUCUCGUUCUCUCUCCCUCUCCCUUCCCCUCUUUCCUCUUUGCUGUUCCUGGACUGAUUUAUUUGGCCUGGUGCAGCAGAGCUAGUGGGAAAGCACCAGGCUAUAUUUGUCAGCUGCUGAGGUUGGACCUGCUUCAAGGUGGAUGACUUUGGAUCCUUUGUUGGGUUUACCUGCUCACACCUGCACCUCCUGCAUCCUCUGCAUCUACUUUGCUCUGAACUAGUGAGUUCCUUGGUUUGGUGGUGUCAUAUCUGAACUCUACAGUCAGGACAAAUGGACUUCUCCUGUGAAGCAUCUCUCUCAGUCCUGUAUUAUUGGAGCUAAAGCACUGUAACUGAUUUGGGUCUAAAGCUCCCGCCAAGCUUUGCAGCUCAGCCUCAUUUCCAACAGAAGCCUUAAGUUUUCAGAGUGACUUCUCUUUGGGUGACAAGACCACCUUGGUCAAGAGUGCUUCAGAUACAGAUGCCAAACUUUUGGCUGCCCUUCCCAAGGUAUCUGAGUUGAAGAAAUACUUUGAGGGAGCUGUCACGAAGGAUUUGGGAAUGAACAGGAAGGAGAGGAUAGCCCGGCGCCUGGAGGGGAUUGAAAGUGAUGCUCCUCCUGCUCUGGUGCCCGGUGGUUUGGUAGCAAACAGAAUGCUAGAGGAGGAUCCACCGCGGUACACCCGCGCCUCAGACCCCUGUGAGCCUUGUGUGAUGGUGAGGCGUUACAGUCGAGAGGAUUUGGAAGCUCCACAGAAGCAGGUGUCAUCUGCAGACAGAUCAUCCCAGGUCAAAGGUGGAGUUGGCAGCAGCCGUCCAGAGCCGAUGUUGGUGUAUGUUGAUCCAGUAACGUUAUCCACCUCCUCUACACCCACAUCUGGCCCCACAGACCCCACCAGCCUCAGUUCCAAGGCUGAACGCAUUGCCCGCUACAAAGCAGAGCGCCGCCGCCAGCUGUCAGAGCGUUAUGGCAUCCUCCUUGAUCAGGAGGCGGACAUCGAUUACACGCCACGCUACCGGUCCCGUCGAGACCCUGAGACCUCAGGUCGGCCGACGACUGCCAGGCGGGACAAAGACAGACAGGAAGCAGAGGAACCAGGACGGGAGCCCAAGGUGCCAUACCGCUCUGGGGUGGGCAGGGUUUACAUGAGGACUCAUCCAGAUCCUGCACCUGCUAACACAUCAAGCCCUGCCCACACAAACCAAGCUCCUCCCCCUGCACAAGAAAGACCAAGCAGAUUUUCAGAGCGGGAAAGAGCAAUGAACAUGGAGAACUACCGGCGUGGAGCGAAUCAAGAGCGCUCAGGCACUUCAAGAACCAGAUCCCAGGAGCAGCAUCCGCCCCAGCCCCAACAACAACAAAACACCCAGCACCACCAAGACGCUGCCCACCAGGAGCCGAGCUCUGCCCCCACCAGGGACUAUAGCAUCGCAGCGGUGCCCAACUCUCCUCGCACUGCCCGCCGGGCCUCCCUGCCCUCCACCCGCUAUGGCAUCUCACCUGGGGAUUUAUUCAUAGAGCAGCAGGCCCAGAGCAUCCUCAACAGGCAGGGAAUCAGAGUAAGGGAACGAUUGUCCAGGGAUGAAACUGCCCAGAGGCCCCCUGACUGGAGUCCAGACAGGCACCAGACUAACAGACACCGCACUCAGGGGAACACUGCACAGCAUACACCACAGCACUCAGAACCCACCCAACAAAGGACUGUUCACCAGCCUCAGCCCAGCCCAGGCCACCGUCCUGCCCACGGCCAAACAGCCUAUACUUCCUCUGCCCCUGAGUACCAACACUCUGGCCCUGCAAUGGACUCUCAGCCCUAUUUGGCCAUGCCUGUCCCAGUGGCCACUGCCAAACAUCCUGGUCCUCCAGAGGUGCAACCACGGAGGAGAGUGAGUGCGGAUCAAGUCUACGCCGCCCACAAGGAGGCAAGGUCAGAAGCCAGGCAGGCCCUGAAGGAGGAGGCCCAUACAGAGGGCCUGCUGAAGAGCAGGAAAGCUGUGUUGCCCUCAGAGAUCCGCCGAAGGGAAAGGAGUGUGGAUGAUACUCAUAGGGGCCGGCAUGAAGAUAUGGACUGGCAAAACUAUAGUCCAGAACAGAGGAGAAUGAGUCGAGGCGAGGAGGACUGGGACUGGGAGAGACCGAGGGAGAGGGGGAGGGAGAGAAAUGUUGAGAGGAUCAGAGAAAGGGGGAGAGAGCAUCUUUCCAGCCAUGACAGCCAAGAGGAGAGAGUAUUUAGAUCUAUGCAGCCUCCCCACUCUUCUGUACGCCAGCUGCCCAGGCAGCAUCAAUCCUCAGAGCCUGUGUACCAUCAAGAGCCCCAGAUUCAGCAGCAAGAGCCCCCAACACAACAGCAAUAUGAACCCAGAAAGAGACAACAUAGUGCUCAAAUUCAGCAGCAAGAUCCUCCAAGGCAGCAUCAGUUUGACCACUCUAGACAGCCACAAGAGCCUCAAAGACAACAACACUCUCAAAGACAGCAGGAGUAUGAGAUCCAAAGACACGAGCCUCCAAGUCAGCAGCAAGACUCCCAGAGAAAACAACAAGAGCCCCAACUAGCUGAAGAGUUUGAGCCUCAGAGGCAGCAGCAGAAGCUGGAUCCAUCAGGCCACCAGGGGUUUGACUCAGCUGUCUACCUCCAGAAGGGCUCCUCUUUGCCUCAGGCCAAACACAGAAGCAUGGAGAUGAGCGGAGGGCCCAAACCCAAGAUAAGAACCCGCUCCAUGUCAGAUAUAGGUGUAAGCCAACAUUCUGCCAUGUAUCGUAUGGAGAGGGCAGCGGCCAGCAGAGAGACAUCCAGGGGCAUCCCUCCUUCAGGGAUGGCAAAUGGGGAGAUGGGUACCCUAGACACCAGGGUGUCUGUAGCACAGCUGCGACACUCUUAUCUGGAGAAUGCCAACCGGAAACCUGAGUUUGAGACAACUAAAGUAGAUCUCUCAGCAAUGGAGGUAGAUCCAGCUAGCAGCAGUGAUCGAGACAGGGGGGCUCGGAGGCCUCGACGCUACAUCACCCCAGGAGACAGUCGAAUGUCGGAGAGGUUUAGGACCCAGCCCAUCACCUCUGCAGAGCGUUUGGAGUCUGAUAGGUCACGUCUAAGCCCAUCACAGCUACAGGAUGCAGAAGUAGAUGAAGAGAAGCUUGACGAGAGAGCCAAGAUGAGUGUGGCUGCCAAGAGGUCUCUUUUCAGGGAGCUGGAGAGGACAUCAGACGGAGGUGUUCCCAAACCACGCUCUCGAAAUGCUGCUGUAGAAAGACGUCUGAGAAGAGUUCAGGACAGAUCACACACACAACCCGUCACCAACAGGGAGGUGGUCAAUGCUUCAAGUGAUCCUGCCACAUCAUCACAACCUGUGGGCAUUCACACUACUGUAACUUGCGUCCCCAGUCCUGCUGUAGUCAACACCAGUGUGACUAACGUCAGCAUUCAGGCCUCCUCUCAGCCGGGUUCAUCGGUGCAGGAGCAGGAGAAGGACACCCAGGAACAACAGAGACCAGCUCAAGCUCUCAGCUCUGGGGUGGAAGGGGACGGCCUGGAACCUGUCUCAGAUGAGCCCGACCUGUCCACCCUCAGCUUAGCUGAGAAGAUGGCCCUCUUCAACCGCCUCGCUCACCCCACGGGCAAGACCACCGAAGGGGCCCGAGGGGACACCCGGCAGCGCAGGGCCAACACCCGUUUUCAGACCCAGCCCAUCACUCAAGGAGAGGUGGAGCAGGAAGCUGAACCACCUGUAACCUCUGCAGCGUGUAACGACGACUUAGAGGCCAAUCAGGGAGAACAUCUGAAAAACGGAGGCGAGAUCAAACUGGAGCCUUUGUCAGCCUCCCUGGUUCGAUCUGUGGCAGCAGUCACCUCCCAAGCGUCUGUCACCACGGUAACCAUGACGCCUGGCAGCGGCGGCAUUAGCAACGAUGACGGUCUCUGUCCAGGGAAGUCCACCGCCAUCCCCUACAUCCCUGCCCAACAACAGGCUUCCAGCACCACCACCAGCCACCAGGAGAGGGCGCUGAGGUAUUUCUCCAUGACCCAGAGCGGGGACCCAGGCCACCCCGAGCCUGAGCUCGACUCCUCCCUUCUCCUCCCUGAGAGCCGAGAGAGAGUGGGGGCUCCUCCUGCUCCCACAUCCUCCUCUGGUCACAGGCAGCAGGGGGAGGCAGUGGAGGGGGGCUGGAGAGAGCAGCAAGAGGAGGAGGUUAGGGGGAGACAGCAGGGAGGAGCCAGAGAGGAGAUCCAAGGCGGCAGCAUUAAGGGGAAGCCGCACUCCCCUGACAGGAACCGGGACGGCAGGCAGCAGCAGCAGCAGCAGCAUCCUCAGCCUCAGCACUCUGCUGAACCCGCUUUGUGGAGGGGCGAGUCAGAGCCUCUGCCCAGCUGGAGAGCUGCAGACGGAGACUCCCAGGAGAGUAGGGAGAGAGCAGAGGGAGGAGGAAGAGGAAGAGGAGGCUACCUGAGAGAGGCUGCAGCAGCAGCUCACAGCUCCUCCACACAGGAGCAGGAGAGGAACAGCAGCCGGAACCAGGCAGGCAUCUCAGACGUGCCGGAUCAUCCUGCACCACUGAGGCCACUGAUCUCUAAAGUAUCAUCCAGGACAGUGUCUCACGUGUCCAGCAGUCAGCAGCAUCAGCAGCAAACUGUCAUCCAGCCUCCUCAAACUCUUCCUAAACCCUUCACGCAGCAGCCUCCUCCUCCAACCCAGCCCAAACCACCAUCCUACAUCCAGCCCCAGCCCCAGCCGUACUCCCAGCCCCCACAACCCCCACCCACAUAUCCGAAACCUUUCACCCAGUCCCCUCAAACCCAGCCCAAACCUCAGGGAUUUGUCCAGCCUCUCCCUAAGCCUUACCCACAGACAGCACCCCAGCCUCAGCCCAAACCUCAGGUGCCUCCGCAGACACCACCCAAACCCCAGUCCUUCCCCCAGGCCCUGGUCAAGUCCCAGUCCCUGCCCCUGGACCACAGCGAGGACCUCAGCAAGCACAGUGUCCAUUCUGGAGAUCUGCUGUCCCCCACAGAGUCUGGAGAGCAACUGUCUGACGGCAUGUCCACCAAACAGAUGUCUAUCAAGGAGAGAGUGGCACUGCUGAAGAAGAGUGGUGAGGAGGACUGGAGGAACAGGAUCAACAAGAAACAGGAAGUGGUUAAAGUGGCGUCUACUGAGCAGCAGGCUCAGCUAUGGGAGACAGAGCAGACCAGCCAGAAGAAGGAGGAAGGGGUGGUCAUUCAAGACUACUCUGCUGUGUCUGUGUCUGAACAGCUGUGGGAACCUGUCUUCUCUUCUACCUUUUCUCCUCCUAUCUCACUUGGCCAAAAGUGUCAGUAUAUUGACCAUCACAGUCAGAAGACGGGAGAGGAUACCGAGGCUCAGAUGACCAUCGAGGAGAGGAAACAGAUGAUUUCGACCCGUGAGGAUGCCUGGAAGACGAAGGGCAAAGGAGCAGCCAAUGACUCCACCCAGUACACAGUGGCUGCACGUAUGGUCAAGAAAGGCCUCGCAGCCUCCUCCUCUGUUAUCAGCCCCAUCCUGUCACCAGUCUCCACCAAACUCAAGAGCAGCACGCCUGCUGUCAGCAAACCACAAGAGGAAAUUGAGGCUCGACCAGACAUGGAAUCAGAUAAGAAACUAGACAAGUUGGAGACCUUCUUGGGACGUCUGAACAGCAAAGUGGCAGGUCUGCAGGAAACCACCAUAACAGUGACGGAGAAGGCAGUGAAGGAAGUGAUGAAGCUGGAUGACGAAAUCUUCUCCAAGUUUUACAGACGUGUCGCUGAAUUCCCACGCAUGCCCACCAGGAUCGAGAUCAGCGAGGACUUUGACACCAUCUUCGGUUCUCAGGGUCCCAAGUUGACUUCAGCCAUGGUGCAACACAAGCGGUCGGUGCGUCCGUCCAGGAACGUCCAGGCAUCCAGAAACCCUCUGAAGAUGCUGGCGGCCAGGGAGGACAUCAGACACGAGUACACCGAGCAGAGACUGAAUGUGGCACAGCUGGAGAGCAAGAGGAUGAGGGCUGAGAAGAAGGAGUUGAAUAAAACCUCAGAGUACUCUGAAGCUGCUCUGGCAGGUCUGGCCAGUAAAGAAAACUUCAGCAACGUGAGUCUGCGCAGCAUCAACAUCUCGGAGCAGAUGUCCAACAACAGCGCUGUGCCGUACAAGAAUCUCAUGCUGAUGCAGAUCAAAGGUCGUCGUCAUGUUCAGACCAGGUUAGUGGAGCCCAGAGCGUCUUCACUCAACAGUGGAGACUGUUUCCUGUUGGUCACUCCAGAGCGCUGCUUCGUCUGGAUCGGAGAGUUCGCAAAUGUGAUCGAGAAGGCUAAGGCGAUAGAUUUGGCCACCUUCAUCCAGACGAAGAAGGACAUGGGCUGCAGGGCGAACCAGGUGCAGACGAUCGAGGAAGGUGUGAACCCACAGGGUCCAGACAACCAGCAGUUCUGGUCGAUCCUGGGAGGACAGACGGCUUAUCAACCUGCGGGUCCCCCAGAGGAGGACGAGCAGUUUGAGAAUGCCAUCGUGGAAACUAACUGUAUCUUCAGACUGCUGGACGACAAGCUGGUUCCUGAUGAUGAUGAGUGGGGGAAGGUCCCUCACAGCUCCCUGCUGGCAUCCAAAGAGGUGUUGGUGUUUGACUUUGGCAGUGAGGUGUAUGUGUGGCACGGUAAGGAGGUGACCCUGGCCCAGAGGAAGGUGGCCUUCCAGCUCGCCAAACACCUCUGGAACGGGACCUUUGACUACACCUGCUGUGACAUCAACCCGCUGGACCCUGGAGGCUGCAACACACUCAUACCCAGAAAGGGCCAGGGCCGUCCUGAUUGGGCGAUAUUUGGCCGGCUGACAGAGCACAACGAGACAAUCUUAUUUAAGGAGAAGUUCGUGGACUGGACCGAAGCAACACCGCCAACACCAAAGGAAGGCGGCGAGCUCGUGCCUGAGCAGAAGGAGGCCCCGGGGCGAGAGUGCCGGCCUUACGACGCCACCCUGAUGCUGCCCGUCCUCCAGUCGUCCAUUUCCACCAUCUUGGAGGGCGUAAACGUGGGCCGCGGUUACGGCCCCGUGGAGACCGAGGACCACAUGAGGACUCAGGAGAUCAGCACGGUGUCGGUGGACGUCUGGCACAUCCUGGAGUUCGACUACAGCCGCCUCCCACGCCAGAGCAUCGGCCAGUUCCACGAGGGAGACGCCUACGUGGUCAAGUGGAAGUACAUGGUCAGCACUUCAGUUGGUCGUAGGCAGAACCCCGAGGCGAGGAGUACUGGACCGGGGAAAGAGAAAUGCUGCUAUUUCUUCUGGCAGGGCCGACACUCCACCGUCAGCGAGAAGGGAACGUCAGCGCUGAUGACGGUGGAGCUGGACGAGGAGAGAGGGGCACAGGUUCAGGUGCAGCAGGGGAAGGAGCCUCCAUGUUUCCUACAGUGCUUCAACGGAGGCAUGAUCAUCCACGCUGGCAAAAGGGAGGAGGAGGAGGAGAACACUCAGAGUGAGUGGCGUCUGUACUGUGUGCGGGGCGAGGUGCCGGUGGAGGGCCACCUGCUGGAGGUGGCGUGCCACUGCAGCAGCCUGCGCUCCAGAGCCUCCAUGAUCCUGCUCAACAUCAACAAGGCCAUCAUCUACCUGUGGCACGGCUGCAAGACGCAGCUGCACACUCGCAGCGUGGGAAACACGGCCGCACACAAGAUCAAAGAACAGUGUCCUCUGGAAGCAGGUCUCCACAGCAGCAGUAAGGUGACCAUCCAUGAGUGUGAUGAGGGAGUGGAGCCUCCGGGCUUCUGGGAGGCUCUGGGCAGGAAGGACAGGAAGGCUUACGACUGCAUGCUGCAAGAUCCCGGUAAAUUCAAUUUCACUCCGCGCCUCUUCCAGCUGAGCAGCACAUCUGGAGAAUUUGUGGCGACAGAGUUCUUCCACCUGUCCAGAGCUCCAGACCUGGUCAGCUCGCUGCCUUUCCUGCAGGAAGACUUGUACAACGCACCUCAGCCUGCGUUGUUCCUGGUGGAUAACUUCCAUGAGGUUUACCUGUGGCAGGGCUGGUGGCCUCAGGACAGUGAGAGCACCGGCUCAGCUCGUAUCCGCUGGGAUGCAGACAGGAAAUGUGCAAUGGAGACUGUGUUGCAGUACUGCAAAGAGAAGAAUGAGAAGAAGCCUCAGAAGUCGUAUCUGAUCCACGCCGGUCUGGAGCCUCUCACCUUCACCAACAUGUUUCCCAGCUGGGAGCACAGAGAGGACGUGGCUGAGAUCACAGAGAGGGAGGCGGAGGUGUGUAACCAGAUCAUCCUGGUGGAGGACGUGUUGGCCCGGCUCUGUCAGAACACCUUCCCUCUGGCUCAGCUGCAGGCCCGGCCGCUCCCCGAGGGAGUCGACCCACUCCGCCUGGAGAUCUACCUGUCUGACCAGGACUUUGAGAAAGCUUUAGAAAUGUCGAGAGAGGAAUACGAACGUCUGCCAGGGUGGAAGCAAGUGAAUUUAAAGAAGGCCAAAGGACUGUUUUAACAAAGUUUUUAAACUGAAGAUGGUGUGUGAAGUGGACACAGGGUGGACGGUUGAGACGGAGAUAACAGGAAAUGUCACAUGAACGACGCUGGGGGGAUGGAAAUCCACGGCGUCCUGAAGAGAGGGAACCUGAAUCUGAAGAAAACCUACAUGAAUGAUGAGACUGGAGAUGCACUCACCUUGCUUAUAGUCAUGUUUUACUUCUCGACUUUGUCUUUACAUAACAAAAUCAAACUCAAGUGGUUUAACUGAAAAUUAAAAAACACCUUGCUUUGGUUCAUACAGUACGUGGUGUGUAUUUGGAGUCUCCUCCAAGCACUAAAAAGUCACCGCUCAUGGACUUUGUGAAAGAAAAACACUAGGACGCUUGGUGUCAGAGUGCCAUGCUGUGGUUGUGUAUGUAUGUGCGUGCGAUUGUAUAUAAUGUUUGUAAGUGCGUGUAAUGUUUAUUUCUGUAAAUGUGUGUGUAGAUGCGUUUGUGACUUUGUAUCUAUGUAAAAAAAAAAAAGAAUCCUGUCACGUCAGAUGUUGUGAGGAAAGUUGUCUCUUUUUUUUUUCCUGUCUGGAUGCUGUCAGGCCACGUAGGGAACUCAUGUUGCUCGACUGUGUUAAACUGCUGAAGUGACUCCUGAUAGCAGAGAGAAGAGCUGUAAUUUAAAAACGGUUUGACUUUAAAUGAGAGGAGAAACAGCAGCGUGAGGAAUCUGAAUGUAUAGUGCCUUGCUUUUUGUGUACAGUUUAUAUACAGAAAUUCUAGUCUGCAUUUUUAAAGACUUUCUUUGUGAUAUAAGACAUAGUGAAUUAAAUCACAAUAAUGCUCAAAUCAAA